CACUUUGUCUUAAUUCCCACAAACACAUUGUUUCUUUGUGUUUCAAAUUCAUAUUUACCCACCAACAACCCAAACCAGUUCAGGUAGGGUAAGCGCGAACCUGUCUCCAAAUUCAAGACUCGGUCUUGCAGAACGGUUGGGUCGGUCAAGUGAAAUUGUGGGUGUGUCUUUCUUCUUUACCAAAUUGGGAACAGAUCCAUUUUUGUCUUGCUUAUUGAUUUCAUGGCACCAUCCGUUGCAGAAUGCAGUAAGGCUUGAAUCUCAAUUGGGAGAAUAUGAAAAACAAUUCGGUUCCACCUGGUUUUGCGCCUCGUACUUCCUUCACGCUGAAGAGGGCAGAAGUCUCAGUUGUGGGAGUUGAAGAAACCCAUAGGUCCAAUGCUGUUGUGGAUACUUCCAAGCAAGGGCCAAUCCAGAUGGACGCCGCAACAUCUGACAUGACUGCCUUGGAGAAGGUCAAAACAUUUCUUCACAAUAGGCCAUGGUUGCUUUUCGACCAAAGUGAUCACACUUCAGUGCAAUCUGACCCACAACAGUUUCAUAUGGAACCCCCUCCGGAAACUUGCCCCAAUGGUGUUACUCGUGGAAGCCCUGAAUCCAGUUAUUGUGUAAAGGAACCCCGCCUCCCGAAAGGUGUUACUCGUGGAUGUCCAGAAUCCGGUUAUUGUGUAAAGGUAACAGAAAGGUGGCAUCCUGAGGGUGCAGUAAUAGACGCUCUUGAAAAGGCUCCUGUUUUCUAUCCAACACAUGAGGAAUUUAAGGACACUCUUAAGUAUGUUACAAGUAUAAGUGCAAGAGCAGCGCAAUAUGGUAUCUGUCGUAUUAGUCCUCCUCCUUCCUGGAAACCUCCAUCCCUCAUUGAGGAAAACAGCAUAUGGAAUAGUUCCACAUUUGCUCCCCAUAUUCAGCGGAUUGAUGGGCUGCGGAGUAAAAUGGAUGGCUCUGAUGAGAGCACAAAAAAGAAGAGAAGAAUCUCGACAGUGGGUUUGGACUCUGGAUUUGAAUCUACCUCAAGUCUGGGUGAAACAGGACAGUCUGAUGUCAAUUGCUUUGAAUCGGAACCUGGUCCAGAAUUCACUCUUGACAGUUUUAAGAGGUAUGCAGAUGAUUUCAAGCAUCAGUAUUUCUGCAAAAGUGACAUCAUAGGUAAUCAAGAGCAGUGGGAGCCAUUAGUGGAGAAUAUUGAAGCUGAAUAUAAACGUAUCAUUGAAAACCCAACUGAAGGAAUCGAGGUGCUUUGUGGAAAUUAUUUGGAGACUAAAGCGUUUGGCAGUGGAUUUCCAACAGUAUCACAUGAUUCCAAUCCUUUGGAAACAUCAGAUUACCCUGAUUGCUUGCCAUCUGGCUGGAAUUUAAAUAAUCUACCCAGACUCCCUGGUUCUCUUCUUUCUUUUGAAAGCCAUGACACAUGUCAUAUUUUAGUGCCUCAGACUCGUGUAGGAAUGUGUUUUUCAUCUAGUCUUUGGAGAGUUGAAGAGCACCACUUAUACUCUUUGUGUUACAAUCAUCUGGGUGCUCCUAAAGUUUGGUAUGGUGUCCCUGGGAAAUCCCGCAUAAAUUUUGAGGCAGCCAUGAGGAAGUCCUUUCCAGAUUUAUUAAAACAGCAUAGGCUGGUGAGCCAUACUAAAGUUAAGCAAGUAUCCCCCUCCACAUUGAAAUCAGAGGACAUACCUGUCUUUCGUUGCGUUCAGCGUCCUGGAGAGUUUGUUCUUGUCUUCCCUGGAGCUUAUCAUUCAGAAUUUGAUUGUGGCUUUAAUUUUUCUGAGAGGGCAUGUUUUGCUCCUCUAGACUGGUUGCCUCAUGGACAGAAUGCUGUUGAACUUUACUCUGAACAGGGGAGGAAAACAGCUAUAUCCUAUGAUAAGGUGUUGCUUGGAGCAGCUAGGGAAGCUGUAAGGGCACAAUGGGAAAUUUCACUGUUGAAGAAGAACAAAAACUCAGAGAAUUUACGCUGGAAAAAUGCCUGCUUAAAGGAUGGGAUCUUAACAGAAGCACUGAAGUUGCGUCUCAAGUCUGAAGAGAUUCGAAGGAAAUAUUUUUGCACCUCUUUGAAGUCACAGAGGAUGAAUUCAGAUUUUGAUGCUACCAUGAAAAGGGAAUGCAGCAUUUGUUUUUGUGAUCUUCAUUUCUCUGCAGUAGGUUGUCCUUGUUCUGUAGACAGAUACUCAUGUCUGUUUCAUGCAAAGCAGUUCUGUUUUUGUGCUUGGAGUAACAAGUUUUUCCUCUACCGUCAUGAAAUCAGCGAGUUAAAUCUACUUGUUGAAGCUUUGGAAGGAAAAUUAAGUGCAGUCAUCAAAUGGGCGAAAGAUGAUCUUGGCCUGUAUUUGCAUGAACAUCUUCCCAAAAGCAAUGCACAAUCACCUGGGCAGGUAGAUAAUCCCAUCUCUCUCACUGAUAAAAUAAAGCUGAAACAGUACACAUUGGAAGAUAUAACGCCACCGAUUUUCAGUUGUGGCACUGGUCCCAUUUAUCUCACUGAUAAAAGAAAGCUGAAACAGUACACAUUGGAAGAUAUAUCGCCACCGAUUUUGGGUUUUGGCUCUGCUUCUAGCAUAAAGGCGGAAUUGAAGGCACGUAUGCUGCAAUCCACAAUUUCAAACAUGUUGAAAGCAAACGGUAAUCCAAUAGCAUCCCUUGAUGCUGCAACCAGUGCUGCUUCUAGCAUCAGGGCUGAAUUGAAGGCACGUCUCCUGCAAUCUUCAAUCUCCAACACAUUGAAAGGAAAUGAUAAUCCAACAGGAUCACUCAAUGCUGCAACAGCCAAUGGCAAUGGUAGAAAUUCUGCUUCUAGCAUCGAGUUAGAGAUGAAGGCACAUGAAUUCCAAUCAACAAUCCCAAAUGAAUAUAAAGGCGUGUGCACUCCGCAACAGCAAGUGGCAGCUGUAGAAACUCCUAUUCUGCCUAUAGAGGUGGCCUCUGAUGUUUCAUCUGUAACUUCAAGUGAAUCAUCCUCAGAAUCCGAUGAUAUAAUACCAGAUCUUGGCAAGCUUUCAGAAGCUAGUCAUCAAGCAGAAAGUACGGCACCUCAGAACAUUCAUAUUCUUAGUGAUGACAGUGAUGGUUAAUCGUGCUAGAACUGAAUCAUUACGUGAACCCAAUAAAAUGCUCCGUCCCCAGUUAGGCAUGAGAUGUAGAUGAUUGAUUGGCCCUUUUAUGGCUUCUGUUGUAUUCUAGUAUAAUAUCCGCUAUAUUAGUCAUUAUAUGCAUAUGGACUUGUGGAGGAAUAACAGUGUAACAAAGGAAGGAAUAGAAUACUAUCACUUAUUUGUCGUGAUUGAAAUUUGAAUUCAGUUUCCUUGGAA